UUUUCUCCACCGCUGUAUGUAAGGUGGUCAUUUUUACAACCUGAGAAAGAAAACAGACACAACUCUGUUCAAGUGUCGCAAACUCUCAAAGUUAGUCGGACAUGUUCUGAGUGGUUAGCCGUAAUGUAGGAGAGAGUCCUGCUCUGUUUUCCUUAAGGCAAAGUUCCCACACGGCUGACCGAAAUGGCCUCCUACUUUGAUGAGCACGACUGUGAGCCCACCAACCCUGAGGAGCAAUAUCGACAGAACGCACUCCUGGAACUGGCCAGGUGAGAUCCAGCCCAGCCCGCCCAGCACACAGCUUCAAGCAGCGCUGCCACCUGCAGAUUCUCCCCCCGCCAUCUUUCUCUGCAGGUCCUUGAUGCAGGGUUUGGACCUGAUUGACUCUGGGGUGUUCGACCUGUCGGACUGGGACCAGCGGCUUCCUCCCCCGGCUGCCAAAACUGCUGUUCAGACCCUCACAGUGGUGGUUAUAUCCGCAGAACAAGCAGACAAAGGUGUGAAGUGUCCCGUGUGCCUGCUGGAGUUCGAGGAACAGGAGACGGUUCGAGAAAUGCCUUGCAAACACCUCUUCCACUCAGGAUGUAUACUACCCUGGUUGGGCAAGACCAACUCCUGUCCGCUCUGUCGACUUGAACUACCGACUGACAAUCCAGAGUACGAGGAGUUUAAGAAGGACAAGGAGAGAAGAAAGCAGAGGGAGCACCGACUGGAGGACCUGCACGGAGCCAUGUACACCUGAUGAGAGGCCGCUGGAGGUGCUGAACGCUUUAAAACCCACAGCUGCAUUCAGACUGUAGGUGAGAGCCCAGUCCUUCAGAGGUGGAAUCCUGUCCCAGGCACUGAACCUUUUUUUACCUACUAUGUUUAGUUGGCCCAUUUGAAUCCACACAGCAGCCACCACUGGAUGCUCCGUUCUAUUAAAUGACUUUGUGUCGUAAAAAUCUCAAAUUCACUCAAAUCUGGUUGUAUUUUAGUUCAUUUCCUCGAUAUAAAGACCUUUUGGGGUUGUGAGGACUCCAGCUGUGUGUGUGCAGCAUUAGGAACAUUUAAAAGCUCUUUUUUUCUUUUCUUUUUUACUCGCUGGAUGUUUCCAAAUAGAGCUGAUGGCAGCUCUGCACACUCCGACUCUCCAUUCCUUUAUUUAAAUGUGUGAACCUCUAAUGUGGAUAAAAGCUGUACUCAUCCAAAUCAGUGGAAAAUGUUUAGGAAGACCAAAUGAUCAAUGGCUGUUUGUUAUAUAAAAGAAUAAUGUUUAAACUCUGGAAA